AUGACCUACCCACAACGUUGGACUCCAUCGAGUCCUUCCAUUCGCAUAAGAACGCUCGAGGCAGAGGUAUCGCAUCUCCUGGCCGAAAAUAUCACACUACGAGAAGGAAUUAUCUCCGCAAAUAAUGAGCUUGAGCAAUACCGGACGGGAUCGCAUUUCGAAAAACGCCUCAACUCUCUGCGAGAGAGAUUCGAGUCAGGCUUGGGGGAGUUGACGGCACUCGUUAAGGAUCUCAACAAGUUACCGUCCCAGAGUUGUGAAAACAAUGCCCCUACUCUGAAAGAAAAUCAGCCCGUGAAGGAACCGGAAACAAAACGAAUUACUCCCAGAAAUCUCUUACGGCUUUCGGAGGAUAACGGCCUAUUAGACGAUGGCAACUGCCUGCCCGCAAUUCCCGAAGAUAAAGCGUAUGCCCCAGAAGUCGACGAAGAGCCAGAAGAGGAAGAGAUGCCACAGAUGGAUGAUGCCAUUGGACAAGUUCAAUCUAUGGAUAAUGUUGGGAUGUCGGUAAAGGGGCCUGAUGCUGAUGCUCCCCUGAAUGAGCAGGAGGAGCCAUCAAUGCCAUGCCCUACAAACGAAAACUCAGUAGCAGACGUCCUACGAAAAGUUCGGCCCAUAAAUACCCGACCAAAACGACGAGACAGCUCUUUGGUCGAGACUUUGAUAUCAAAGAAAGACGUUGAUACCAACAAUGAUGAGGCUGUUCCUGCGAUUGCUGGCUCUAAACGGAAAUUUGACGCACACGAAUCCGAAAACCUUCCGCAAGCUAAGCAACAGAUAGAUGAAUUUCAAUAUACUCUGACGAAGAAGAACCCGAAUACACUACCAGGCGACAUUGGGACUGGAACUGAAAAUGAACCGGGCCUCUUGUCCGUGGGCAAGGAAGGCAUCAAGAAUUCAACGGAACCUGUAAAGACUCGAAAGGCUCUUGAACCUAUGAAAAAAGUUGCACAUAAUAAUGUUGCUUCUGAGAAACGAAAGUCAUCUGGACGGAGAAAAACAGAAGGAGGUCGCAAUCCCCGCCGUAAAGCUUCAGAUCUGCCGACGAAUGCUAAACUAAAUGUUACUGUUGACGAGGGUGUGAUUCCUUUGGAUAAACCCAUCGAGAUCGCCCUUGAUGACCCGAGCCAAGAUAAUGUAUCCUCAGAGAUACUUGUUGACAGCACAAGCAGCCUGGACAAGCAUUUGCAAUCGGAAUAUAAAUCCACAAGCACCAUCGGGCAGCAAGCUCAGCGAUCAAGACCGUCUAGACGCUCGCGUGGGCCAGUAAACUAUGCCGAGCCUAGUCUGAGAGGAAAAAUGAGACGUCCCACCGAAGACCUAGUGGAUGCAGUAGCAGACCAUACGAUUAAGCGACUUUCGAUGUCAAAUAAUGACCAUCUCGCUGGAAUCGAGGCUGGGUUAUCUACUAAAUCCAGUGUCAAGAAAAGUCUGCCCAAAAUAUAUGAUCAAGAUAGUCUUGAGGAGAAGGAUCUCGAAGUGGCUGAGAAGAGCAACUACUCCUCUAGCGAAGAUGAUACAGACACAGAUGGAACAUGGCCAAAUCAGGAGCAAAGGCAUAGAUCUAUGCGAGCACCUACUCCAGACCCAAGUAUCAGACCAGUGAGACAUUCUCGCAGGAAUUCGUCACAUCCGAAUUAUAGACUGGAAAUGAAUCCAAUGGCACAUGUACCGGUAUAA